AUGAUGGCGUCGCAUCGAUUCUCAGUGGCAUCACUGCUUGUUCUACUCUUUUUGGUCGCGACUGUUCAUGCUGCUAUCAUUCAAAAGCGAGCAACCUCAUCUAGUGUCAGUAUUUCGAAGAUUUCGUCUUCGAAGAUCUCGUCUUCAUCCAAGGUCUCGUCUUUGAAGGUUUCGUCUUCCGCGAGCGGUACCUCCAAACCCAACACAAGCUCCAAGGCAGCCUCUACUUCUUCAGGUGCAUCGAAGAUCUCUUCUGGUGCUGCUGGUAUCUCCAACCCAAGAACGGGCUCGACCACUUCGGCCACUGCUUCUUCGGCUGCCACUGGUUGGUAUGCCAUUCCCCANAAGAACAUUCCCGCCAACAGAGCGGGAGCAAUCUCGGAUAAGCAAAAGAACUUUGGAUAUGGACCGGCCGUCGCUGGUGGACCUUUCUUUCCCAACGGUACCCUCGGUAAUACCUUGAUCCAGAACGACAUUUCGAGCCUCCAGGCCGAAACCGGUCCGCAACGCAGUGCCUCCGACUCGGACGAGGCAAUGGCUGCUUCUGACGUUGGAAAGUACAAUGGCUUGAAGACAUUGGCGGACUAUACACUCCUCUACGACGAUGAGUGGACCAACACUUUGUCUACUGGUCCGAUACCUGGCAUUCUCACCAACUACACCCAAGAUCUGUUGUUCUCCAUGGAGCGUCUGUCUCUCAGCCCCUACCAGAUCCGCAGACUGAAUUCGAGCAAAGAUACUCUGAACUUCAAGGUCGAUGACAAGAUCUCGAAGAACAUCACCGGCAUGACAUUGCAGCAGCUGUUCACGUCUGGUCGCUUGUUCUACGCCGACUACAGAGAUCAGGCCAAACUCGCACCCACUACUGAAGCUCGCUACUCGGCCGCUGUGGACGCUUACUUCUACAUCAACCAGACCUCUGGAGACUUCCUCCCUCUUGCCAUUCGUACAAACCAAGGCGCAAGCCUGAUCUACACACCCGCUGACAGCCCUAAUGACUGGUUGCUUGCAAAGAUCAUGUACAACGUCUGUGACUUGUGGUUUGCGCAGUGGGAGCACUUGGCUAGAACCCAUGAAGUCGUUCAUAUUGUCUACAUGGCAGCCAUCCGAACUUUGAGCGACGAUCACCCUGUCAAGGCUGUGCUUGAUCGAUUGAUGUACCAAGUCUUUGCGAUUCAGCCUCUGGCAGCUCAAAUCUUGUUCGCCCCUGGCGGCGUCGUGGACUUGGCAUUCCCUUACACUUACCAGUCUGCACAAAACUACAGCAGUAACUACUACUUUACUCGUAGUGGUGCUUUCCAAUCGGGAACAUUCCUCAACGAUCUGACCAAACGCGGAUUGAUCAACUCCAAGGUUGGCCCACAACUCAAAAACUUCCCCUACUACGAGGAUGCUUCUGUCAUCUAUGAGGCCCAGCGUACCUUCAUGAGCUCCUUCAUUAACUCUUACUACUCACAAGAUUCGGUGGUGGUAGCGGACAAGGAGAUUCAGGUUUGGGUCAAGGAGUGCAAUGGCAUUGCCAAGGUCAUGGACUUCCCAGCUGCGAUUUCGACGAAGACUACACUUGUUGAUGUGUUGACACAUAUGGUAAGCAUGCGAGCCUCAGCACUUUGUGAACCCUAUCUGACAAUGUCGACANNGGCUCAUCUCUCGUCGACCGCCCACCACACUGUCAACACCAACGAGCUCAUGUCCGCUUCAGCUACCCUUCCUUUCCACGCAAUGUCCCUGUACAGUUCCGUUCCGAAGCAGAAGGGUGUGACCAACCUUGUUGCGUUCCUUCCUCCACUCCAGAAAGCCGAGGAACAGAUCAGUGUCAACGCACUCUUCUCGCGCAACUACCUCGCUGGCACCAACCGAACACUGAGCCACAUGUUUGACGACGCCGCUAUGCUUAAGCGCAUGAACGUAAACACUAGAACUGCAGCUGCAACUUUCAAGAGUGCUAUGGAUUCCUUCAGCAACACUGUCAAGGCUAGAAAGUUUGACUCGAAAGGUUUGAGCCAAGGUAUGCCGUUUUUGUGGAAAGCAUUGGAUCCUAAUGUUGCACCUUUUGGUGUUACUGUUUAA